AUGGGGGAGGAUGAGUUUUUCAUUCCUCAUGAAGGUAGAACCAUCAACCCCACCUCUCCUUCUCACCCUACUUUAGCUGAAUUGAGUGCUCAGAUGUCUCAGUUCCUAAAGGUAGCUUUGCAGCUAGGUGGAGGUGAAAGGGCUGGAGCUAUUGGUUACAGAUUCAUCGACAAGCCAACAUCAAUUUCGAAGAAUAUUGGACUUCCUUGGUAUGCCAAGAGAAAUUUAUUAUCUAAGAUGGGUUUGGAGACAUGCAAUCCAUACAACUAUGAGGUGAAGAAUUUUGCUUUUUCUGUCCUCCGUCCUAAUUCCACCUCUUGGUUUGCUCUUGCUCCUCAUGUUACUCACAUUCCCUUCCAUGUAGCCACCAUGCCACCACCAUUGGCUGCCACCUACUUGCUGACUGCACCACCCACAUCAUCCUCCGCUGCCUCUUUUGCCUUGGAGCAGCUCUGCCCCCUUGCGCACAUACCACCCACGACCCCUUUGUCUCUCCACUUCCGCCACAAAACCCACCCCCCUCUAACCCACCCCAUACUACUCGUACCCCUCCACAAACCAAGAACCUAA